CAAAGAUGGAGGCAGUACCUCGACUGCCGAUGAUAGCUUUCGAGCUGAAAACGAGCCCUGAAUAUGUAGAUUUUGGACCAGUGCUAAAACAGUAUAUAAGAGACAACUAUGGUGAGGAUCCUGCAGAUUACAACAAGGCUUGUAGUGAACUUGAGCAGCUGAGACAGAGUGCUGUUCAUGUUUCACAUGAUUUUAUGGGAUGCAGCACCCUGAAAAAGUACUAUGCCCAGUUACAGUUUCUUCAAGGGAGAUUUCCGAUGACUGAUGGUGGACAAGCUGCCAUGCCAUUUACAUGGGAGGACAUUUUCAUGGUUAGAGAGGUCACUUUAGCAGACAUCAAGUUUGAGCAGGCUUCAGUUCUAUACAACAUUGGAGCAUUACACUCCAUACUGGGAUCUAUGGAAACCAGAACAAAUGCUGAUAGUAUGAAGGUGGCUUGCACACACUUUCAGUGUGCCUCAGGAGCCUUUGAAUAUCUUAGAGACCACUUUGGAUCAGCCAUGAUGAGCCUUGACUUUUCACAUGACCUCUUGACCUUUCACAUCAAUUUGAUGCUGGCACAGGCACAGGAGUGUAUCUUAGAGAAGUCAAUGAUUGACAGCAGAAAGAGUUCCAUUACUGCCAAAGUAGCAGCCCAAAUUGUGGAGUUUAACAACCUUGCUUUGAAAUCUCUGGAACCUGCCUACAAAGAGGGAAUAGUGCCAUCACGUAAAUACAAAGAAUGGAAGAGAAGAAUGGAACUAAAGAGCCAAUUUUAUGAAUGCAUUACAAACUUCUACAUGGGGAAGCAGUCAGAGGACCAACAGAAAUGGGGAGAGUGUCUGGCAUACUACACCACGGCAUUCAACAAACUCAAUGAGUGUAUUAAACAGGGCAAGAGUGAAGGUGGGGAUAUCCAGGAAUCUUUCAGAUUUGCAAUGGAUGUCAUAGGAGGAAAGUACCAAUCUGCCAAGAAGGAUAAUGAUUUUGUGUACCAUGACAAGGUUCCAGAUAUUACCAGUUUACCUGAAGUUAAAGGUGCUUCUCUAGUAAAGGGUAUAACCUUUAACCCGAGUGAUCCUGAAGUCUCGGGCCCAGAUUUAUUCCAGAAACUGGUCCCAAUGGAGGCCCACGAGGCUUCAUCUCUCUACAGUGAAGAAAAAGCCAAACUGAUAAGAAGAGUUUGUGGAACUAUAGAGGAGAAGAAUGCAGAGCUGGCGCAAUUCAUGUCCUCUCUGAACAUUGACCAAUCAAGUUUGAGCUAUGAGCCAGAGAACUUGCCACAAUCUCUGCUGGAGAAAUGUGCUGCUGUAUCUGUCAAACCAAAUGCCAUUAAAGAUCUGGUGAAUGCCAUGACAGGUGUUUCAAAUGUAGCCACAGAGGUUGAAAUGUCUUUAAAUGAAAUCAGUAAAAUGUUGGAGGAGGAUGCCAAGGAAGAGGAAGAAUUUCAGAAACAGUUUGGCAAGCGAGCAGAACAUCCAAUGUUUGAAAACAUCAGGAAGGAACUGAACUUGUUUUCUGAGGGCCAUAAGAAAGGGAGUAAGUCCAACAAUGACCUCCAUAAAGCAAUGAAUGCACACAUCACCAAUCUCAGACUUCUAGGUGGACCUAUUGAAGAUAUUAAGAAUGCAUUACCCUCCAAAGACAAGGAAAAGACCCCAGAGGAUGAGACCAUUGUGAAAGAACUUCAAAGAUUAAUAUCAAAGGUUGACGAAAUGAAAUCUCAAAGAAGCUUGUUGGAAGAACAGUUCCGCACCGAAGUUCAAAAAGAUGAUAUAACACAUAGGAUUGUUACACAAGAAGGGUCCAACAAACAAGUUAUGUUUGAGCAGGAGAUUCAGAAGCAUAAAAAGCUGGAAGAGAUCAUACAGCAAAAUCUGACAGCGCAGGAUAACAUUCUCAGAGCUCUUACUGAUGCUAAUGUUAAAUACGCAGAGGUUAGGAGGAAAGUUGGGGACGUUGCUGCAAGGAGAGAGGUGAUGAUUAAAGACCUGAUCAACUCUUUUGAUGUGUAUGAGGAUUUACUGGCAAAGUCACAGAAAGGACAGGAGUUUUACAGGAAGCUAGAGAGCAAUGUGUCUAAACUCUUGACUCGCUGUCGAGGGUUGUGUAAAAUCCAGGCCGAGGAGAGGGAGCAGAUCAUCAACAGACAUAAACCCAAGGAACCUCCUCCAAGACCAAUGGCUCCAAAGCCAGACAAUACAGUUCCAGAUCCCACAGUAUCUAUGAGUGCCUCUGAUGGUGCCCUCCCCACGGCUACUAUUCCUCCACAACCUGUGCCAGCACUGAACACUAUCCCUGGUUUUGAAGGACCCAAGCUGAAGGACUAUCUACCAUUUAUGAAACCAAAGACCUUUGGCAAAGAUAGGGAGAAGAGAAGUAAUGCUAGAUCCACACCUGAAAAUCCUGGAUCCCAAACAGGAAGCACUCCAGAUUUACCCGGCUCUACUGCAGGUUUACCUCAGAACCUACUGAAUCAAGGAGACUUAAAUAGUUAUCUACCGAGGGCUGACCAACAGAAUCCAUCUAUCCCACAAGUCCCUGCUGUUGCAGGAAGUCAGCAACCAGUCCUAGAUCAGUCUGCUUCAUUAAGCCAACACAUGGCACAGUUCUCAGUACGACCUCCCUUUAAUCCAUCUCAUGUUGAUGUGGGUCAGUCAUACUCCUCCCCUGGUCACAGUCCUGCUCCAAGUCCAGCUCUCCCCUCUCCUGCCCAUAGUCCAGUGCCCAGGCAGCAGUAUAGAUCACAGUCACUAAGUCCAGCACCUCAGGGCAGAAGUCAGAAUCCAGCACAGGAUCAAGAGUACCACAGUCUCCCAGUGGGCUAUGGUCAAGGAUAUCCAACUCAAAGUCAGACAUCUCAAUUCCAAAGUUUGCCACAGGGACAGGUUCAGGGGUACCAUGGUGUUUCUCCGAGUCAGAUUCCUGGACAAUAUGGCCAGACAUUAUCAGGACAAGUACAACAACGAGGGCCGCAGAAUACAACGGAUCCAAACAGGCAAGGAAGAGUUCAGCUGCCUGUUAAUUAUAAUCAAAAUGACCCCAGACAGCAACAGCAAUCAGUGGAUCCAAGAAUUCCUGGUGGAAUGGUGUCUGCAAGUCAACAAAUUCCUCAGUCCUCACAACCAGUGCCAACUGGUCAGCAGCAGUAUAGGUCACCUGCAUCCAGUUCCUCCACUGAGCAAACAAGUGUAAGUUACCAAAUGCCCUCAAAUCAGCUCCAACACAGUCAAGUCAGCAGAGGAGUUAGUGUGAUGAAGCAAAUGGCCAGUUACAGUCAAGGUUCUGCAGGUCAGCAAGAAACAGGGGGAUAUAUCCAGCAGGAAGGACAAUAUUAUCAGACGAAGCCUCCACCUCAGAAUGUUCCUAAUCAACAAUUACAACAAUUUACCCAGCCACAGCAAUCUAUGGGUCCAGUAAACCAAGGCCAACAACAACAGCAGGCUCAGCCAGCUCCAUCUAUUCCAAGUGGACAACAAAACAUGUAUUCAAAUCAGCAGUUUGGUAGCAGUGGAUACAUGACAAAUCAGAAUACGGGUAACAUGAAUGCGUACAUGACCAAUCGGAUUGAUUCAAACAGUGAAGGAAGAUCCUCUCCUGCCAACUUACAUUUAGGCUUGCCUUAUGCUAGCACUCAUCAGUCAAGACCAGCCCAGUCUUUCAGUCAUGGUGAUGAUAAAUCCCACACAGUCAACAGUAAAGAACAUAACCUGGCUUAUGGACAUCCAGCCCAUGUUCCUCAUGCCUAUGCCCCUCAAAAGCCAGUUGGACCAGCUCUUCAAAACACAAAGUGGGAUGCAGAAUCCCAGAUGAAUCAGCAAAGAGUAAAUAUUGAAAAAGAUCCCAGAUAUCAGACAGGAAAUGGGUUUGAGUUUUUGCAUUUAGGGAUGCCUUAUUCCAGUGUACAUCAGUCUAUGCCAUCAACAGCUACAAGUCACAUUAGUACAAUGAACCCUUCUCAGUUAAACUCUGUUCCACUUCUAACAUAUGGACACCUUGGUUAUGGUCCCCUGCCAUCCACCAGCUACUCUGCCACUAGUCUCAGCCAAUCAGCAGCAACACAAGCUAUAAGGCAACAGCAACCCCAAGUGCAAUAUCAACCACAGCAACAAGUGCUAAAAUUUCAGACAGGAAUGCCAUACACCGGUACAUCUCAGUCAAUGUCAGCCAUGUCAAUGAGUAAAAUGACCUCAACACAACCUCCUGUUAUGUUUAGCAGUACUGCACAGUCACACAUGUACAUGGCUGGCAGCCAAGCCACCACCCAAUCUGCAACAUUAAGUAGUGUUGGCAAUAGUGUAAAUUAUCCAAAUGUGCAACAGGGGGUGCAGCAAGCCCCACAACAAAUUUAUUCUCAACCACAGCAGCCAUUGCAACAAGUACAACAACAGUACAGUGUACAAUCUCAGUCACAAAAUAUCCCACAGCCAAGAUCUGGCCAGCAGGGACAGAGUGGAAGUUUUCAACAAAAUCUUCAGACAAACCUUAGUCAGCAAACAAGUCAACCAAUGAAUUACCAAACAUCAGGAUAUGUACAACAGCAACAGAACACAAGUAGCUACCCUGGAGCUGUAGCACAACCACAACAAAUGAGUCAAGGGCAUCCUCAACAGUUGACCCAGCAACCACAACAAAUGCCCCAACAACAGCAACCACAACAAAUGCCCCAGCAACAGCAACCACAACAAAUGGGAUGCCAUAUCAAGGGAUACAACAACAACAAUGGAUGUCGCUCUGGGGCUAGUUCCCAGUACCAGUCCUCUGUCAGUGGUUCAUACCAGUCUGUACCAGGAGCCUCAUACCAGUCAUCUACUGGAGGCCCAUACCAAGGUUCCAGUGGAAAUACAUUCCAACAGACAGCUAGUGGUGGUGCACCCCAACAGCAAGGCAGUGGAUCAUAUCAGUCAUAUCAACCAAGCCAAUCAGCUCCAUAUGGCCCAUCACAGGGCCCUGGAAUCAACAAGCCAACUGCAACUCAGCAAGAUUUACAAGGUUUAUUUGAUUCCAAUAUACCAGGAUCCAUGCAGCCAUUACAGCCCUUAGUUGUUAAUCAACCAAAGCCAGUUGCCAAUGAGGAUCCACCCCAAUCAGUGGCCCCCUCAGUGUCUUCAUUAUCUCCCCCUAAACAGGUUCCCGUGAAACAGAUUCCUGUUGUCCCUCAACAUAAAACCCACCAGCGUCAAGACUCCAGCGCCUCCACCGCCUCCCUGGAUGAUAUCCUGUCCACCAGUCCAAGCAUCCCCCAAAAAUCCACCCACGACCACAUGCUUACCCCCAAAGUUCUCACUGCACAGGAAAUUGAACAACAAAAAGAAGAAGCUGUGAUUAAGAACCAGUUGGCCCGUCAGGCAUCGAAGGAUCCUUUUUCUGACCCCCUGCUGAAGGAUAGGUUUGUGGGAGAGGUGGAGAAACUUGCCAAGUAUGUGGAGAGCCUCACAAAAACCACAUGUUCUGGGCCCACCAAUCUAGAUGUAGCAUGGAAGGAACUAAUAGAAGAACAAGACAGACGUGGGAAGAAGGCCUCUAUGGCCAUAGCCCGAUGCUACCCAGCUAAAAACAGAGAGCAAGACAGCAUGCCUUAUGAUGAAAAUCGAAUUAUACUCACCACACUGAAGGAUGACUAUAUCAAUGCAAGUCUUGUUGUGGAUUUGUCACCAAACUGCCCAAAGUUUAUAACAACCCAGUCUCCACUUCCUGUGACACUCACAGACUUCUGGGUAAUGGUGUAUGAACAAGGGUCAGAGGUCAUAGUCAUGCUCUCCAGUGAAACUGAGGAAGGAAAGAAAUUCCCUGAAUAUUGGCCUCAACAGAAAGGAAGGACAGAGUACCAUGGUCCAAUAACACUGACAUUGCAGAGUGUCAAGGACAAGGUCAACUGGGUAGAGAGGAUCAUUUAUUUAAAUCACAGUGAGAAAAAGCAGGGAAGAACAAUUGUGCAGUUGCAGUACAAAAAUUGGCCAGUUAGUGGUUUUCCUGAGAAUGUUUCCUAUAUCCUACAAUUCAUUACUGAAGUUCACAGCUUUUACAAACAGCAGCGCAGUCUAUUAAAGCCAGUGGUGGUUCACUGCAGUAAUGGGACUGGCAGGACAGGUGUGUUCAUGUUGAUAUACACUUGUAUGCAAGACAUUGAUCACGGAAAAGGGGUCUCUGGUAUCAUGGAUGUGGCGAAGAAAAUGUUUAAACAACGACGUCUUGCCAUAAAGGAAAAAUUUCAGCUGAAAUAUGCAUAUGAGGCUGUUUUAUUUUAUGCUCAGGACAUUUUAGCUAAAGAGGGGAUCCUAAUAAAGAAAGCAUCUUUCGGAGACAAACUCCCACAUCCAGGAGAGAAAUCCAAUCAAUGGACACCCACUGAGGACAUCUUGUUUGGUUCUAUGUCUGUUAGUGCUCUACGAACAAAUGUGGCUAAAAUGGGACUUCACGCCAUGGAACCCACGGAGGAAGAGGUAGGAAAAUCCCAGGAACACCUCAAACAGGAUCUGUCGGAGAACUUACCUGAUGUGGUGCAACGGGCGGAUAAAAACAAAGGAAGAGAUCAUGGAACUGAAACCUCUCAGAAAGUGGAAGACAGUGUUGAUUCUAGUCCUAAAAUGGUUCAUUCCGAGUCUGGUUCUUCUCUUAAAAGCUUGGAUUCAGCAUCACACAGGAGUUUGGACUCAGUGUCACUUCCAAGCUUUGACUCGGCACCAGAAUCUAAGGAAGGGUCACCGUUUCAUCAGUCUGCACGAGCAGGGAACCAGUUGUCACUUGCUGACCUACAAAAUCCACAGACCUUUGACCUAGGGACAAGUGAGGGUAAAAAGAAAAUAACAAAAGCUAAUUUUCAGCAGAAGACAUCUGGGCUUUCAGGUCAAACUAUUGACCCUUCAGACCCUUUGGGUUCACUUGACCCUCUUUGGUCUUUAAACAAAUGAUGAAUGAUAUAAUUAAAUUAAAACAUUCCUUGGAAACUGAUUUUUCAUGUCAUGUCUUUUGCUGUUGUUGAAGUGAUGUUUUUGGUACAUGAUGAUUAUUUAUGUGAGUAACAUUUGAUGUUAAUAUGAGUAGUAAAUGUUCACUAACAUUAUAAGUGCUGGAACCUCAAAGUGUGUUUUCAUUUCAUAAACUAUAUAACUUUGAUGUAACUUUGAUAACAUAUUGUUUGAAAUUGAUAUAGUCACAUUAUGUAUUGUCCCCAACACAUAUCUUUUCAGAGAAGAGCAGACAUGUCUAGUAGUUAAUAUUAAAAAAAAUGUGUAAAAUUAUUAAUGAUUUUUUUGUGCAUAAAAUUUGUGUCAUGUUUCUUGGUAAUUACAAUGUGUUGUUGUACCGUAAUAUUUUAAAUGAUAAGUUGAUGAAGUAUACAAUAUUUCAAUAUUCUAUUUUAGGGCAUUAUGAAGAAACAUGAUCAUGAUUUACAAGAUUCUAAUGUAAGAAAAUUAUUUAACUGCAUUACAGAAUUAAUGUACCCGGUAUAUAAGAUAUACGUGAGUUUUGUGUCAUAAAUGUUUUUAUUGCUUGUUAAAUUAAAUAAAAAGUACCAGUAUAGGA